AAGAAGGUCCAGUAUGUAACAACUACGAGCCGCACUGAGACCCUGUUGCUCAGAGAGCUCAGCUCAAUGCACCAGAUGAGCCGAAGCCUGCGAGAGAGCUACAGGAUCCUCCAGCUGCCUGACGAGGCACAAAGCAGUCCAGGUCAGGUGAAAGAGGCCUACCUGCGCCUCGCUAAGCUCUAUCACCCAGACUCUGGGGCUCCAACUGCAGAUGCAAUGCUUUUUGCUCGAGUUGAAGAUGCCGACCGUGCCGUUCUGGCCCAUCAGACUAAGACCAAUCGCACCGAUGGAGGCAAGCAAGUGGAGGAUGAAGAUAAUUCAAGAGCUAAAGCCUUUCCCCACAGACACUACCAGGGUGUGGGUUCAGGCACGCCCAGCCAGUGUGAGCGCCAGUAUCGACAGAUUCGUGUCGACCGGGCAUCCGAGCUGGGUUUUAACUACCGGCAGAGGGAGCACGAGAGGGCAGCCGCUGCAGAGGGGGCAGUAAUAGAGCAGGACAUACGUCAGCGGAGCCGAAAGAUCAAGAUCACUCAGGCUGUGGAGCGGCUUGUGGAGGACAUGAUCCAGGAGUCCAUGGCACGAGGAGACUUUAGAAACUUGAGUGGAGCUGGCAAGCCCCUCAAUAAGUUUGAAUACAAUCCAUACGCUGAUCCUAUGACCCACAACCUCAACCGCAUCCUCUUCGACAACGGUUACCAGCCACCCUGGGUCGUCACACAACGCGACAUCCGAGAGACCAUCGCAGAGAUCGGAAAUGAGUUAUUGGAGGAGAGAGCCAGGCCUGGUGACCCAUUGGCUCCUAAAGAGCAAAGCAAAUGGGAGCAGCUGUGUGAAUCCGCAGAGGGGGAUUUAGUGAAACUUAACAAGACGGUGGACGAUUACAACCUCAUCGUACCGAUGCUCAACAUGCAAAUGGUUCACUUCAGUUUAUCACGAGAGAUUGACCGAGCUGUGAAAGGAGCACACCAACACAGACUGGACCAGCAGAGAGAGAGAGAGAAAAGGAGCAAGAGAGGUGGAAGGAAGAGAAAAAAAGAUCCAAAGCAGUAACUAAACCUCAAAACACAAAACAAGGCCUG